CCUAAACACAGCCAACUUCUCAAAUCAACAUCAACCUUCAAAACCUUUCCAGAAUUCAAAUAAUCAUCUGAGAUUUCUCUUUACAAGAAGUUAAAGGACAGAAAAUGUCAGGUUUAAAGAUCAAUUUGGUGGUGAUUAUGGCGCUCAUGCUUGCAUCUGUACAGUUUCACGACACGGCGGCUCAGACUACCCAUGUGGUCGGCGACGCCUUGGGUUGGAAUAUUCCUCCCAACGGACCUUCUGCUUACACCACCUGGGCAUCAGGUCAGACCUUCAGUGUCGGCGAUGUUCUUCUCUUUAACUUCACCACCGGAUUCCAUAACGUUGCUGAAGUGUCACAGGCGGCGUACGCCCCAUGCACCACCGCCAACCCCAUCUCCAUUGCCACCACCGGUCCCGCUAGAGUCACCUUGAAUGCACCUGGCACUCACUAUUACAUAUGCACCGUUGGCACUCACUGCCAAAUUGGUCAGAAGUUAACCAUCAACGUCUCCGCCGCAUCUGCCACCCCUGCUCCAUCACCAACACCGGUACCCGUCAUCCCCACACCCGUUUCUCCACCAACCGCUACCCCAACCCCAACCCCUGCUCCCUCCACUACAACCCCACCACCAACCUCCUCCCCUGCCCCUUCUUCCGAGGAUGGCAGCCCAGUAUCACCACCCACCUUCGGCCAAUCUCCCUCAGGCAGUAACGCCCCUUCUCCCACAGAUACCACCAUUCUACCACCACCAUCACCCAGUUCUGCUCCAUCUUUCACCACUGUGGUACCCUUCACUUUCUUGGCCGUAGCUUUAGCUUUCUUUUACUAGAUCUAGUGAUUGGUGGUUACCUCAGAUAGAAUGUGAUAUUACGUAAAUCAUUUUUGUUUAAAAUUCUUUUUUCUAUAUUUGUCAAUGUACUUAUUAAAUUGAGAUACAUAAUAUUAAUUUAUGAUAUUUAUAUGAUUAUGUCCAA